AUGAUUAUUGCGGUGGCCCUAGCGGCCUUGAUUCCGCUGCUCCCUUAUGUCGUGACGCAGGAAUCGACAACUGAACUCUUCAAAGAAGAUGUGAUGCCUACGAAUGAGAUGCCGCCGCUUACUACGCAAUCCCCCACAACCACUGAAGCGCCCAAAUCAUACGCUGGCACGUAUAUGGUUGUUGCUCCUGCUGUCGUUCGACCUGGCCUACCGUAUGCGGUGUCCUUUAAUAUUCUGAAAAGUCCCGAAGAGGAUCAUAUCGUGCGGGUACAAAUUCGAACGGACCAGAAUGACACUGUUGCCACGAGAGUCGUUAAGAAUGUUCGACAAGGAAUUCCACAAACUGUCACGAUCGACACGGUAUCCGCUGAUCUAUCCCCAGCUAUGAACUAUAAGGUGUACGUUCGUGGUGAAACAUUGAACUCGCAAGUGCUAUUCGAGGAAGAAAAAUCUGUACAGUAUAAUCAAAAAAGUCUCUCGAUUUUCGUACAAACCGACAAGGCCAUCUACAAGCCAGGAUCAGUAGUGAAAUAUCGAGUGAUUGUGGUUUCACCGUCCCUUACCCCGUACAAGGACACUGUCACAGUCAAGGUCUACGAUCCGAAUCAGAAUGUGAUCAGUCAAUACGUCGACAAAGCGUUAACUAAAGGUGUCUUCUCUUCGGAAUUGGAGUUAGCAUCGGAGCCGCCGCUUGGAGAAUGGCAAAUACAAGUUGAAACCGCUAACAGACUGAAAUAUACGAAGACUUUCUCGGUUGAAAAGUAUGUUCUGCCAAAGUUCGAGGUAAACAUCAAAACACCUUCAUUCAUCACUGUAAAUGACGAUCUCUCGAUUCUCGUUGACGCCAAAUACACAUAUGGAAAAGGAGUUGCUGGAAAAGCGAAAGUCACUUUGGAGCUGCCUUGGCAUCGAUGGCAUCCCAUUCCAAAACCGAUCAUUGUCAACGACGAUGGGACAACUUCUCAGGUAGAGGAAGAGUCGCAAAUUGAAAGAACUGUGAAAUUAAACAACAUGGGAGAGGCUACCGUAAUCUUCACCAAUGAAGAAAUGAAGAAACACAAAUUAGUGCAGGAUUAUGGAGGUGGUAGCAUACGAAUCAUUGCGACAGUCACCGAAGACCUGACAGACAUUCAACGUAACGGGACGCAACAUAUCUCUACAUAUCGAUAUGACGUGAAAUUAGACGUCGAGAAGCAAGGUGAUACAUUCAAACCGGGUCUCACUUACAAUGUUGUCGUUGCACUGAAACAAAUGGACGACACACCAGUGAAAGCUACUGUUCCUCGACGUGUGCAGGUCACCACUUUCUACAAUUAUCCUUUCAAUCCUGAUGCUCCCACUCAACAUGAAGACAAGGAGGUCAAAAUCGUGGAUCUGGACGCUCAUGGCACAACUGUGCUCGCUCUACAGCCUCCGCUGAAUUGUACAAGUGCAAGAAUAGAGGCUCACUACGAUCGAAGCGGUAAGGAUAACUUCACGAAUGCUGUAAUAUACAGCAGUUUGUAUGUGGAAGCUGGAAAAUCGCCGUCGAACUCGUUCCUCCAACUGAUCGCGGACAACGAAGGUGCCGUCGAUGUGGGCAAGACGUUGUCCUUCUCAGUGAAAGCCACGGAAAAUGUUCCAGUUCUUACCUAUCAGGUCAUGUCCCGUGGAUCUAUUGUCCUCUCUAAGGAGAUCCCUGUGAACUCGGAUCACACCACAAUUUCAUUCACAGCUACAAACGAUAUGGCUCCAAAAUCCCGACUGAUUGUCUACGCCAUUCGAUCGACCAAUCAAGAGAUUCUCGUGGAUGCUACUGAUUUCAAAGUUGAUGGACUGUUCCGAAACAAUGUGACACUAUCGAUCGACAAGAAUACUGUCGAGCCAGGAGAUUCGGUCUCGUUCAAGGUUACUGCCGAUCCGGAUUCGUAUGUAGGCUUGCUAGCAGUCGAUCAGUCUGUACUGCUUCUUAAGUCUGGGAAUGAUAUAACCCCGCAACUGGUAGAGUCUGACAUUGAAGAAUACGACACAACUGGUUACAGUGGAGGUGGAUUCCGUCCAUGGGAGGGAGCUAUCGAGAGGAGGAGACGAAAGAGGUCCAUCUGGAAUCCAUGGUGGGGUGUCGGCGGAAGAGAUGCAGCCAGCAUUUUUGAAAACGCUGGUUUGAUCGUGCUUACCGACGCUUAUUUGUAUCGUCAACCGGAACCACAAAUCUUGGACCUCGUAUUGGCAUUACCUCUUGUGGCUACUGUGUCGCCUUCAUACACCACCAAAAUAGCGACAAGUCCACUGCCGUCAGCGGUGUUCGCAAGAACUCGUACAUUUUCGCUAUACUACUUCAUUGGAUUUGGCGGUGGAGCAGAUUUUGCCUUUGAUGAAGGCAUCCGAGGUCCACCACUCAUACUUAAUGACUGGGUGAUGUCUCCUGAACCAGAAGCGCCUCCUCCCGUCAAGAUUCGCACUGAGUUUCCAGAGAGCUGGAUCGUCAUUUCACUUGACACAGAAAUCAUGUUCUUAAGCCACAAACCCUUGGUUGCUUUCUCUAUUUGUAUGUACUAUCAAUGCGGCCAUAGUAAUGGUUGUCUAGUAUUCUUCUUCGGUGGCUUCGGCGGUGGUGGAGCUGGUUUUGAGCUCGAAGGCGCACUUGCUAUGCCGGCUCCCAUGCCGAUGAUGCCCAUGGACAACAUGAUGGUGAGAGGAUUCGCUGCAUCUGACGAGCCUCCCGUCAAGAUUCGCACUGAGUUUCCUGAGAGCUGGAUCGUCGUUUCACUUGACACAGAUCGUAAGGCCUUGGUUGCUUUCUCUAUGUAUAUCCUACGUGGCCAUACUGGUGUUUAUCUAGUAUUCUCCGCUGACUUCCGCGGUGCUGCACUCCCUACUGACUUCCAAGGGGCAUUUGUUAUGGCCGCUCCGCCUCCAAUGAUGCCUGAGAACAGCAUGAUGAUGGUGAGAGGAUUCGCUGCAUCUGAAGCAUUCCCGGCGGUCAAAAUUCGCACUGAAUUCCCCGAAAGCUGGAUCGUCGUUUCACUUGACAUCGAGAUUAGUAACAGCACGCUCACUAAUGUGGGUUGCUUUGUAUUCUUAGAGGAAUCGCCGAUGCCAGGAAUCUACUACAAGUUCCGCUUCUCACCCGCUAUGGGUGAUUUCGGUAUGCGAGGGCCAUUGGGACUACCAGGUGCUGUCAACUUUGUCGCCAAUAGCCCUAUGGUUAAGGCUUUGGCUCCACCACCACCACCACCGCCUCCCUCACCUUCAGUCAAAGUUCGCACUGAAUUCCCUGAAAGUUGGAUCUUCGCAUCGUUCGACUCCGGUUCCAAUGGUGAAGCAGUUUACCAAUCGAUGGCACCGGACACGAUCACUUCCUGGGUGGCGAGUGCGUUCGCCAUUAAUGAUAAUUCUGGUCUCGGCGUUGCACCCACCACCUCGAAGCUUCGCGUAUUCCGACCAUUCUUUAUUCGUCUCAAUCUACCGUACUCUGUCAAGAGAGGAGAGAAAUUUGCACUUCAAGUCCUCGUGUUCAACUACAUGGAAAAGGAACAAGACGUUACGGUCACUCUCAAACACGAUGAUGGUUCUGGUUUCGAUUUCUUGAACAAGGAUGGAAGUAUCAGGAAAAGCCGCGAUUCUGGAGAGCAAAAUUACAACAUACGUAUCGUCUCCGUCCCGGGCGGUGGUGUUUCGAAGGCUGUUUACUUCCCCAUCGUACCUACUGAGAUCGGAAUGGUUAAACUCACAGUGACUGCGCAAGCUUCACAAGCUGGAGAUGGAGUGGAGGAACCAUUGAGAGUUGAGCCCGAAGGUUAUCGAGUUGAUCGCAAUGUCCCUGUGGUUAUUGACCUCAGCAAUGGCACAGAUUUCGAAAAAGUCGUGCAGUUGAUGUGGCCCAGUGAUGUUGUCGAAGGAUCACAAAAAGCACGAUUUGAUGUCGUAGGCGAUAUUAUGGGUCCAAUUCUGUCCAAUAUCGAAGGAUUGGUACGAAUGCCGUAUGGAUGUGGAGAGCAGAACAUGUUGAACUUCGUGCCAAAUAUUGUCGUUCUACGGUAUCUGAAGGCGACGAAUCGUGCCGAGCCGACCAUAGAAGGAAAGGCUGUUAAAUUCAUGGAGGCAGGCUAUCAACGUGAACUCACCUAUAGACGCUCUGAUAACUCCUUCUCCGCUUUUGGAGAGAGUGACAAAUUUGGAUCCACAUGGUUGACCGCUUUUGUUGUGCGUUCCUUCGCACAGGCUCGAUCCUACAUUUUUGUAGAUCCCACAGUCCUGACGAAAAGCACUGCCUUCCUCAAUGGCCAACAAAUGGAGACAGGCGCUUUUGCUGAGCAUGGUGAAGUACAUCAUAAAGACAUGCAAGGAGGUGCUAGUGAAGGAGGUAUUGGACUCACAGCCUACGUUGUGGUAGCUCUGCUUGAGAACGGGAUUCGGAACGAUAACGCAAUCGCAUUUUUGGAGAAGCAUCUCGAUGAAAUCAAAAAUGAUCCUUACGCAUUGGCUGUGACUACAUAUGCUCUUCGGUUAGCAAAUAGCGACAAGAAGCAGGAAGCGAUGACAGCUCUAGAGAAGCUCCAGAUUGUUGAUAAAGAAGGAAGCAUACAUUGGUCGUCCAGCAAAGGCAUUGAUAAGUCAAAGGACACGACGCAGUACUUCUACCAACCACGCCCAGUCGACGUGGAGACCACCGGCUAUGUAUUACUGAGUUACAUGCUGGAUGCUGACACUGAAAAGGGUCUUCCACUCGUCCGUUGGCUAACUGCUCAACGAAACGCAUAUGGUGGUUUUUCGUCCACCCAAGAUACGGUAAUAGCUCUGCAAGCUCUCGGAAGCUAUGCAGAACACGCAUAUUCGAGCGAUUCGAACGUUUCCGUUACUGUCACGAACGGCGCCGACAAUCACUCAUUUGGAGUCACUCCAUCCAACGCUAUAGUGCUGCAAAGCUAUGAGAUACCAAACAUUGACACUAAUGUGGACAUCAAGGCCACAGGAAAAGGAACUGUCUUUGCGCAGGUGUCGUACUCAUACCAUCGCAAUGCCGUUCGGGACGACUCACCGUUCUUCUGUUCGAAGGAUCUGAAAGAAUUACGCGGUGGUAACAGAAUGCAGUUGGAUCUGUGUUGCAACUACACACGAAGUGUUGGAAAAUCAAACAUGGCUGUCGCAGAAGUGGAAGCAUUAACCGGAUUUAAAUUUGAUGAGGAAGAGAUGGGCAAAUUGACGGGAAUAUCGGAUCUUCAAAGGGUUGAGCUUGAUCACGAUGACACGAAGAUGAAUAUAUACUUCAACCCGCUUGGUGGCACUCCAGUUUGUUUAUCGUUGUUCUCGGAUAUGACUUAUACUGUUGCGGAUCAAAAACCAGCUCAAAUGGUGCUCUUUGACUACUAUAACCCUGAAGAUCAGUUGAAAUCAUCGUAUUCAUCCAAGCAAACGCGGUCGUUGCCUGAUUCAUGUCCAGAUUGCUGGCCAACAGGCGAACCUCACAGCCCCGCUCCAACCAGGGGUCAUUCCAGCAGCACUACGCCUGCUACUACUGAGAGCAUUUAUAAGAUUUUUCCGCUCGCAAAUGUUUGUCUUAUAACGUUCACACAAUGUGAGCACGAUGGUCCAAAAGAUACCUCUGGAACUAGUCGCUCUUAA